AUGCCGAAAAAAAACGCAUUAAAUAGUGUUCAAUAUGUUGAAUUUUAUAUUCCUAGUUGUCAUAUUGGUUUAAACGAACAAAUUCGUAUUGGCAAAAAUCUUGUACCUUUUCUUAGUACUUAUAUGCCUCAUUUACGAACAUUACGUCUUUGGCGAUCAGAUGACUUUCCAUGGACAUCUAAUGAACACAUGAACAUUUUUGAACAAGAUCCUUGUCAGCUAAUGAAACAAUUGAAAGAAUUUGCUUUUCUCGAUAUUCAUGGUGAAAUUCAUCAAGAAAAAGUUGAAUCUUAUCGUUCUAUGGUUCAAAAAUGUUUUCCUAAUAGUCAAAUCAAUAUUGAAAUAUCGAGAUUUCGUCUUUGGCUUUAA